CCAGGAGGGGUUUUCUGGCCCUCUGGCGUGGGACUCGAUUUUUCGAGUUCCUAUCUUGUUUCUCCAAUUUCCGCGCCUAACUUCUGGAAAAUCCCUACCCUCAGCACCCGCCCGCCCGCCCCCCUCGCACUGACCACGCCUUAUUUGAUGUUUGUCAAUACAAGCGCGCCGCCACGCAUUGGUGGCCAGCUGGUGGCCCCGGUGGUGGCUGGCGCGGCGCAAGCUCCGAGCGUAUCAUGGCCGCCGCUAGCACCAGCACCGGCGGUAAAGCCACCUCCACAACCGCCAACGACGACGACGACGACGACAACAACGAGCACGACCGCGACGUCCGUCGCGUCGCGGGCGCGGGUUUCGACGCCGACGCCCGCGCCCGGAGACCGCUUUGCGCCGCCUGCCAUCACCAUCACACUCACCAUCAUCAGCCGAAACUAGGCGUCUCGGGCCAUGGCGGCGCCGGCGCGGGACCCCGGACGAGCAGCGACAGCCAGAUGCUCCGGACGGCCACGGCGGCGCUGGGAAUGCUAAAUUCGGAAGUGCGACCCAGCCCGGAAAUGUUGUCGUUCCACGAAGAUCUCUUGGACGCCGCCACUCGUGCCUGGAAUGCUGGUUAUCACUCCAGCAUCCCCACAUUUGCUGUCGCCGUGCGGCCGUUGAUACUGGAUGUCGCCGAUUUGCAUCGCGACAAACACGGCUUGCAUCUGGACAGUGCGUAUGUGGAAAAAGUGACAUGUGCCAUCCAGCUCAAGUUCCUGGCUGCUGAUGCCGAUAGUCCUAAACUUCCUCCCCUCAACCUCAAGAGCGACUCCUUGGGCCAUUUGGACUCCCAGGCCCGGGUCUUGACGCCUGGGCUGAACCCUCCCAUCCUUGCCCCCUUGAGAUCGACCCAUGUCGAACCUGGUCGCGAAAGUCGCCCGCCUUCACAGCCUCACCUACCGCAACACCAAGAACAACACCCAACCCAGCCACCACCCCAACCGCAGAAACCCCAAUUUCAGUCACAACCACCAUCACAGUCACAAGAAACAGCCUCAAACCCUGCACCACCAAAGCGUCGACGCCCACUCCCAACCGCAUCCUCUCUUAGCAUCCACGCCGCCUCGUCAGCAGCCGCCAACGUGGCAGAUGAUCAAUCCCAGUCUGCCGCGCGAAAACGUCGGCGCCGCCGCAAUGACACCGUCGACCCGAACGGCUAUCGGAACGCCGGAGGGUACGGUGAGCUUACGUCCUCGGGGUACGGCUACGGUUACACGGGCGAGGUCAAAUGCACCGAGGCCGAUUGCGACUGGACCGCCGUGACGACGUCGAUGCGCAUGGGGCUGCGCCUCAACGACCACCUCCUGCGCUCGCACGGCAUCGAGAACACCCCGAUCCGUUUACGACCCAGCUACAUCCGCCGCAUGCCCAAGUCGCACGCCGCUAUGCGCGUCGCCAUCGAGCGCCCGCUGUACCGCACCGCGCGCGACAACCUGGUUCGCGUCGCCGACCAGCUCGCCAAGGAACGACCCCAGUGGACCUCUCCCGAGUCCGUGGAGCUGCUGCGCGAAGAGUGGGCUGUCGAGGUGCACCGCGGCACGUCCGAGGACGUCAACCGCAUGAUCGGGCGGGACCUGCGCGAGGAGCUGGUCCGACUCCGCGUCGGCGAGCACCUCCGAGCCGCCGUCAAGGCCGUAGAGGCGGAGAACGCAAGAGUCGGCAUAUCCAAGCCGGGCGUCUACGAGGCCUGGUACGCGGAGCACUUUAGGCCGUGGCAGGCGGCAAACGAGGAGGACGUCGAGGCCGCCAAGAAGGCCGAGGAGGAGGAGCGCAAGGGCCGGGCCGCGGAGGAGGAGGAACGGAAGGGAGGCCGCGGUGCCGAAACCGAGUGCAAGGAGGAGGAUGAAGAGGACGACGAAGACGAAGAAGACGCGAGCGAACUCGAGAUCAAGCGACAACCUGAUGAUGAUAAUGAGGGAUGA